AUGCGAUUCUCUCGUUCCGCUAUCGCGGCCGGUCUGGCUACCGCCGCCACCUUCGUUGCCGCUGAGGCCUCGUCCUCCUCCGACGUUCUCGUGCUCGGCACCAGCAACUUUACUGAAAACGUCCAGAACGAGCCGUUGGUGCUUGUCGAGUUCUACGCCCCUUGGUGUGGACACUGCAAGGCCCUCGCUCCCGAGUAUGAGAAGGCCUCCACCGAACUGCUCGCCGACAAGAUCAAGCUCGCCAAGGUUGACUGCACCGAAGAGAACGCUCUUUGCGCUGAACACAACGUCGAGGGUUUCCCCACGCUCAAGGUCUUCCGCAACGGCUCUCCCUCGGACUACAACGGCAACCGCAAGGCCGACGGCAUCGUCUCGUACAUGAAGAAGCAGGCCCUUCCUGCCCUCUCCACCGUCACCGCCGACAACUUCACCGAGUUCAAGAGCAAGGACCGCGUCGUCGCCAUCGCCUACCUCGACUCUGCCGAUGAGACCAAUCUUGCCGCUGUCAACGCGGUCGCCAACAACCUCCGCGACAACUACCUGUUUGGUGUCGUUCACGACGCCUCGGUCGCCGAGAAAGCCGGUGUCUCUGCGCCUGCCUUUGUGGUGUACCGCCAGUUCGACGAGCCCGAGGUCAAGCUUGACGGCAAGUCGCUCAACGAGGAGCAGAUCACCAACUUCCUCAAGGCCGAGUCGAUCCCUCUGAUCGACGAGCUUAACGCCGAGAACUUCAUGAGCUACGCCGAGUCCGGCCUGCCGCUCGCUUACCUCUUUGCGGACCCGGAGUCCAAGGAUCUUGAGUCGAACGUCGAAUCGCUCAAGUCUCUCGCUAAAGCCAACAAGGGCAAGCUCAACUUUGUCUGGAUCGAUGGUAACAAGUACUCCGCCCACGCCAAGUCGCUCAACAUUCAGGGCGAGGAGUGGCCUGCGUUUGCCGUCCAGGACAUCGAGCAGAACCUCAAGUACCCCCUCGAGGACCUCUCCGGUGAUCUGGUGGGCAAAGUGACCGACUUUGUUUCGCAGUACACCAGCGGUUCGCUCAAGCCCUCGGUCAAGUCGGAGCCUAUCCCCAAGGACCAGGAUGGCCCCGUCCACGUAUUGGUCGCCGAUGAGUUUGACGCCAUCGUUGGUGACGACUCCAAGGACAAGCUGGUCGAGUUCUACGCUCCCUGGUGUGGACACUGCAAGAAGCUGGCCCCCACGUACGACACUCUGGGUGAGAAGUACAAGGCGCACAAGGACAAGGUGCUCAUCGCCAAGAUGGAUGCUACCGCCAAUGACAUCCCGCCCUCGGCCGGGUUCCAGGUGCAAUCGUUCCCCACCAUCAAGUUCAAGGCGGCUGGCAGCUCGGACUGGAUCGAGUUUACCGGUGACCGCUCGCUCGAGGGCUUUGUUGAUUUCAUUGCGCUCAACGGCAAGCACAAGGUCUCGGUCGACCUGGACCCUAUCAACGUUGCCGGCACUGAGCAGGCUGCCCCUGCCAAGGAGGCCCCUCACCACGAGGAGCUUUGA